AUGAGUCAGUUUUUAUCCAGCAACCACUGUGAACGUACAGCGCACCUCCGAGUAGUGAGACAUCCAGUGCCUGUGUGUUGAAAUCAAUAAAUCUAUCAUUUAGAAAGCACCGUCUAGACGUUUAAAAUAUUUCACAAAAACAGUUAACAAUGGCAAUUAGUAGAUUGUCCAUUAUUAAAUUUUUGGAAUUGGCGAUAGCUGUAGCAUGUAUUGGUCUGCAUUCCAAAAGCGAAAUUUCAAAUGACUUCAACACAAAUACACUCUCUGUAGCUGCCUUUGGAGGUUACGUUAUUAUUCUAGUUGGUGUUUUUGCCGGUCAUUUAAUGUCGGAACGUAUUAGUAAAAAAAUUGACAUUUUCUUCUGUUUAGUUGGUUGCGCUACCUUUGUGGCUGCUGGAGCUUUGAAUAUUGAAUAUUUCCAAAAUGCCAGCGGUAAAUAUAGGGACUAUGGUUUAGCAAAAGCUUCGCUGGCAAUUAUUGGUGGAGCUCUAUUUCUCAUAGACUCCUUGCUGACAUGGCGAGGUGAUUAUUAAGAAGAUUGUGAUUGAUGCCUGGAAAAUGUAUAAUUUAUUUUUUUAAUUUAAUUUUGAUAACGAUUUUAUUACUAUUGUAAAUACAUACAUAUGUGUAUAUUUUGCAGAUAUAUGUAUACUAAUUACCCCCAACUUUAAAGUUUGGAAAUAACAUUUUUAAAAUUUUUCUUCAAAGUUAGUAUCCGUCGCCGUCGUUGUAAUUUAAUUGUGCUUCAUCUACACAAUAUUAUUUAGAUGGAUUAUAUAUGUACUUCGGAUAAUAAAUCUGGCAUUUUCUUUCAAGAGGAUACUUACUGUCUGUUUAAAAAACUAAAACAUAAAACACACUUUCUAAUUUAGUACUCGUAAGUAACACUAACACCAGGUUUGUUCAUACUACGGGUGCAAUUUAUUAUUUUAUCAACAACUGCUUUAUAAAAAUCUCAUACAGCGCUCAUUUCACACGGAUUAAGCUGAACAAUGACCACUAAUGAAGCAUUUCCAAAUCUUGGUAAAGUGAAAUUUCAUUAAUCUGGGAAUUAUGUAUUGAAUCAGUAACAUAACUUAAAUAAACUUAUAAUUCUCGAUAAAAUUUAAAAAAAUUGCAAUAAUAACUUCUCUUUUACUUCAUUUUAUUUUCUUGAAUGUACACCAGUUAAUGAACCACUGAUAAAAUUUGCAGCAGCUUGUUCUACUUUAAGAGAUACCUUCUGUUUCUGAUUAUACUAUUAACGGAUUUCUUUUUUAUAAAAACUCACGUGUUGUUUACACUAAAUUGGAGCGGUUGCCAUAAAACUGCAAAAUUUUCUUUGGUUUUUGAUUUUGAAUAAAAAAAUUUAAAUGGGAUUUUUUUUAGUUUUGGGCAUUUGUGGAUAAGAUUAUGUAUGUCAUAAGCGGGGUAAAGCAUCCUUCAGUAACUCAUGUGAUAACAGAUGACGAGGUCCAACGACCUCAUCAUCAGUAACUUUCAGACUCGUAGUACUGUAAUAAUGCUUUUUCCCAUUAAUCAAAGAAAUAACUAUUAUAAUACUGUCCAUAAUAUAUGAAAUAUUUAUUUACA